AUGCGGCCGUCCAUUCAGCAAGUAUGUUGGCUGGCUUUGAGCUCCGUUUAUCCAAUUGUCGUGGCUCAAACAUCUAGCCCUGACGGUGCGGUCCAUCCAGGACAGCCGGCGAAUUGCAACGGAUGGCAUACCGUCAUUUCUGGUGACAAUUGUCAGACUGUGUCCCAGCGUUACGGUAUCUCACUGAGUCAAUUCUUUGAAUGGAAUCCCGCCAUUUCCUCUGACUGCCUCAACAAUUUCUGGCUCGAAUCGGCCUACUGUGUGAGGAUCGGAGAAAUCAAUACCAGACCCAGCAGCUCCGCCGGUGCAACCUCAAACCCCACGUCCACAUCGACGUCUAUGGUCACGUCACAAACGACCAUUACCUCAAACUCUGCAACACCAACUACCUCUUACAACUCGACAUACUCAGUCUUGCACCCAGUCACCUCUUGGAACGUGUCGACCACGAGUACUGACAAGACGUGGCCGCCUACCCAGACGCUCGCGGGUCAGACUGCCAUAUGCAAUGCGUGGCAUCGCGUUGUUCCUGGUGAUACAUGUCAGCGAAUGCUUGACAAAUAUGGCCUGAAGUCCAUGGUCGAUUUUUUGAGAUGGAAUCCCGCGGCCAAGGAGGACUGUGAGAUGCUCAUCGCCGACUACUGGGUGUGCGUCGGGGUGCAGCGGCAGAUGGGUAACACGGAUCUCGAAUGGGAAACGGCUCAGCCUGAGUUUACCGCGCCUCCAGAGCCCACCCAGUACACACCCGUUACGCUGCCCGCAGCUGACUCGAGCUUCGCACCGAUCCCGUCUCAUGGGCCUAUGCCCAUCGACUGUAAAGUUUACCACAGGGCCACAGCUGACCAGAACUGCAAUGACAUUGUCAAACUGUACAACUACUUUUCACAGGAGCAGUUCUUGUCGUGGAACCCAGCUCUCAACGGAAAUUGUCUGGGUCUUUGGUUGGAUACGUGGUAUUGUGUUGGCGCAUAUGCGGAUGACAAUCUCCCACUGCCUGCGCACCAGACCACCAAGCCAACUGAGGGCAACGUCCCCCUGGGAUACCCCAAUGAUUGCGCGCGAUGGUAUCAGACAACCUUCGACGACACGUGCGACCUUAUCGUACUUAUGUUUGGCAGUUUCAGCAUGGCCGAUUUUGUCAAGUGGAAUCCGACUGUCUUCCGUGAUUGCAGCGGCAUCGUUUUGGAUGCAUGGUACUGUAUAGGUCGCCCGGAUACGCCGAUAACACGUACUCCAGGCGCACCAUGGCCGACACAGUUGACAACGUCGAUGCCGAUGACGACGUCUACCAAGCCAUCAUCAACUGCAACAGGAGCGCCGCAGCCUGUGCAGACACCUUCGCCUGUCCGUGAAGGCAUGACGAAAGAUUGCGUGCGAUUUCACCUACAGCAGCCUGACGAGUUUUGCUGGGCGAUGGCGUCCGGUGCUGGUAUCUCCUUGACGUGA